AACAAUUGCUUUUAUUACCAAUACAUACUUUCCUCUCAUCAAUUAGAGUUAACUCAGUUCUUAAAUCCUGGCAGGAGAAAGAUGAAUUGGUACUGUGCUCUUCUCCUAUUUAUCAUAAAUGGAGUCGAAGCUCUCAUCUACAAGGACUGGUUCCCUGGUCCAAUGGAGCAAUGCUUAAUGGAUCGUAGCCGUGGAGUUUCACCGAGAAGGAUACCAGCAUUUGAUAUCCUGUUCGAAUGUAAAAAUUACCAGGUUGCUUAUAAUAAUGUAGAUAAGGAUGUGGUCAGUCCUGUUACCGAAGACAACGAACGAUACUUUAAACAUCUUGGUCGUCGUCUGCAGGGACUUGAGUCCGAAUACAAACGAAGGAAAAGAAGUGCUAAAUGGAAGUGGAAUAAUCAAAGAAAGGAAAUCCGGACGAUGACAAACAAACAACUUGAUGAUUAUUUUGCUGCUCUUAAAGCUUUAUGGAAAGAUGGGUCCUAUUUUGCCAUAACAAGACUUCAUCAACAGACAGCCAUAAUGGGUGCACAUUUUGGACCCGGAUUUCUAGGAUGGCACAGAAUAUAUAAUUUAGUAUUACAGCUGGCUCUCUGGGAUAAGAAUCCCCGAGUCAUGUUACCAUACUGUGACACAACAUUGGACCACAACAUGAUAGACCCCAAAAAAAGUAUUUUAUUUAGUAAACGGUAUUUUGGUAAUCUCCGAGGAAUUGUUGUAACUGGCGCGUUAGGGUUCUGGAAUACGACGGCACACGUACUAUUACAACGGGAUGGUGGGCGGUUUGGAUCGUAUAUGACAGAUGAAGGAUAUAAACAAACAAUGUCUCUUAAACAUAUGCGUGAGGUCACUUUAGGAACAUCUUUGGGUCAAAUCGAAAGACAACACAACAACCCUCAUGUGUAUAUUGGGGGUCUUAUGGGUGAUCUCAACUUCGCACCAAAUGAUCCAUUUUUCUUUUGUCAUCAUAAUUACAUUGAUUAUGUUUGGGAAAAGUUUAGGGAAAAUCAAAGGAGAAAGAAUGUCGACCCAGGUAGUGAUUACCCUAGCAACACAAUGAAUUUACACGAACCAGACACGCGCCUUCCUAUGAUAGCAGAUUAUUUGAAAGUUAAUCUUACCCAAGCACAAUGCAGUCAUAAUAUGUUUUCCGAUAAAUUUUUGAUUAAUUUCGCAAAUUCACCAAAAUAUCCAAACUGUGGAAACUAUCCACAUAUUAAGAAAAAUGAUACGAGGAAGGUAUGUUACUCUGUUGAAUAUGAUUCAAGCGAAGAUGCAAAUGCUAAUCUGCUCCAAAGAAUUCGAGCUACAAAAAGUGAAGUGAAAUUUAAAAUAACAAAGGGUUUUAUAGCUUCUUCUAAUGACAAAAGAAACCAACCUAAAAAAGUUUCUAAAAGAUCAGCAAAUUUUCACAAAUUAACUGCUAUCAAGUCAAAUUCCGUGUCAUCUGGAAACCAACCGAUCCAGAACGACUUCCUGUUAAAUGGAGUGGUUUCCGCAAAAAAUUGGGCAUACAUACCAGUAAGAAUAGUAUACAAGCGUCCACCUAAUUGUCGUUUCAAUAUUGGAACGGCUAAGUACCAAAGAGUUAUGGAAGAAAAGGCGGAACGUAAAAGACAAGAAAGUCUGAAUUUUGAAGAUGGUGAUUUGUACGAUCCACGGGCGUAUCCCAGACUUUGGGAAAAAAUUCGAGAGGGUAAUCCUGCUUCAUUUGGUGAAUUCAAAGUAAAGGGAUCUGGGGAAUCUAAAAUAUUUGUCGAAACCACAGGGUUAUCCUACAAAGGAGAUUAUAAAGAGUAUGCUAUAGUUGAUGAACGGCAACCAAUCAGUGAAGCUGUAGCAUAUGUUGCAUUAAAGCGCCCAAGUGAUGGUGAAACUGUCCAAACAUUUGUAACAGCUUUUGAUCCCAAUGGACGUGUUUGUGAGGCUCAUUGCCACGUGAAAGGCUCAAACCCACCAAAAUAUGAACGCUGUUCUGGAGUUGUAAACAUAAACUCUAAAGAACCAAAAAUGUAUGGGGAUAAUUUGGGUGAUGCUUAUUUGCUAAGAUACCGUUUUCAAGGCGACAAUCUACCUAGUAGCCAUGAUGGAGACGUCUUCUUGAUGUUUUUCUGUAACUAUGGGAAACGAUUUCCAUGGGAAAAGACAUAUACUAAGAAAUAAAUACAUUUUGUAUAUCAUAUAUGCAGAUUAUCUUUUCAACAUGUACAGAAAUUCAUUAAAUGGUUUUUCUUUUUCUU